AUGUCCAAUUCUUCAUAUCACUCUGCUAAGAAAUUUCAUCCAAACAAGUGCAAUUGUGGAAUUCCACCAAAUUUGGAGACGUCGUGGACUACAAAAAACCCUGGGAGAAGAUUUUUGGCUUGUAAAUUCUAUGAUUCUGCAACUGGUAGAAGAGGAUGCAAAUUUUUCAAAUGGAUUGAUGAAGAAAUACUUGAGUGGCAGAGGGUUGUCACUAAUGAACUUGUGUUGGACAAAAAGCUGAUGAAAAAUGAGAUUGCUUUACUGAAACAACAAGUUUGCCUGCUUCAAGACCAAACGACAAGGGUGGAGAAUGAAAAAGAAAGAUUUACCAAGAAAUGCAAGACACUUUCUGUUGCUAUGAAGAAGGCAAAGGCAUGUGAUGGGGAUGGCAUAUCAGGACUGAUGCAGGUGGUGAUAGUUGUUGUUAUUGGAAUAGUGUUAGUGUCUUUAGGAAGGACAAUGAUGUAG